GGUUAUAUUGGGUAAGAGAUUCAGCAUUGUGGGCUGUUGAUCUUGAUUUCACCCAGUGAUGCUGCUUCCUCUGCUCCAAUGCUUAAGGUUUUUGGUGGGGCAUCCACGCGCGUCUCCACUACUCUUUAACGACUUCCACAUUGAGGACCUCGGGUUACACGGAUAUCCAUGCUGAAAGCAUGGGAGGAAUCCACCAGAGGAAAUUGACAAUCCUUCAUAUAUCUCCUUGAUUCCCAAGAUGUUUCGAUGUGGUACCUUUAGUCAGUCUCCUACAGAUUUCAGUCAUGGCCAACAACUUAGGAAAUCUUGCCCUUGAUGGCGGCGACCCUCGCAUUGACGGAGUAGGCGAGGUGAACGUACCAACAGCUGUUCGUCACAACUUGCAUGAUCCAAAUGUCUCCUUUGAGGAAUAUUUGUACUAUGCAAAGAUUCAGCGGGAACAGGAGAAAAAUGGACUUGGUCCAGAGGAACGGGAAAGAAUGUACCAGGAGUAUCUUGCCGGAGUAGACCAAGUUGCCGGAAAGGAAAUCGGCAAUGAGAAACAUGCUGUUCCGGAAAUUGAGAAUGAGAAGACCGAACCUCAGCCAGUCAACGAAUCAAAGCCUAGUUCUAUUACCAAAGGUCCUCAUCCUUCGCACGUCGGAGCUGGUGAAUGGGAAACCGCAUCCCGAGCAGCAAGAAACGCUACGUGGGGAGCUGUUGUAUACCUCAUCACCACCGAUAUUUUGGGGCCAUCAAACGCACCAUACGCUGUUUCACAAUUCGGAUAUGUUGGAGGUGUAAUGAUGUAUUUCUUCAUGGGUAUCAUGGCUUUCUUCGCUGGAUGGCAAAUUUGGCGCAUGUUUUUGAAACUCGACAGUGACAGGUAUCCAAUGAGGACAUUUGGCGACUUAGGAUUCAGAAUUUUUGGAAGUUAUUCUCGCCAUGGUAUCAAUCUCCUGCAAAGUAUCCAACUCCUAUUCAAUGUUGGUGUUAUUGUCAUCUCUAACGGCCAAGCACUGUCGGAAAUGUCUAAAUACAAGCUCUGCUUUUCCAUCUGCAUCUUGGUCUGGGCACUCGCUGGUAUGAUCCUGGGUCAAAUCCGCUCUCUACAGAAUUUUGGAUAUCUUGCCAAUUUCGCUAUCUGGUUGAACAUUCUCGUCAUUUUCAUGACCAUGGGCGUUGCAGCACACAGCCCACCUAAUUAUGCCGCCGUUUUAUCAUCUUUUGGUAUCGAGAAAGCUCCUAUCACCCAUACUGUUUGGAUUCCUUCCGGCUCGACUUUCGAUUCGCAAUUGAGCUCUGCUAUGCAAAUCGUCUAUGCUUACGGUGGCGCAAUGUUGUACUGUGAAUUCAUGGCCGAAAUGAAACGACCACUCGAUUUUAUCAAGGCGCAAUUCCUAGCUGAAAUAUUCAUCUUCGUUUGCUAUCUCAUUUUCGGUCUUGUCGUUUACUCGCAGCAAGGUCAAUUCACCUACAACCCAGCCAAUCAAGGGCUCUCUCCCUACUCGUGGCAGACCGUCACCAAUGCGAUUAACUUGGUUUCCGGCCUCAUUGCUGCGGUCCUAUACGGUAACAUCGGUAUUAAGGUCAUCUACCAAAACAUUGUUGAAGAUCUCUUCGGUGGCCCAGAACUCACCACCAAGAAAGGAAAACUCAUUUGGAUUGCCAUCGUACCUUUGUACUGGGCAUUUGCAUUUGUCCUCGGAUCUGCAGUUCCUCAAUUCACUAACAUCUCUUCCCUCGUUGCUGCGGUCUGUAUCAUGCAAUUCACAUAUACUUUCCCCACACUUCUCUACUUUGGCAUGACCAUUAAAGAAGAUGCCAUGCAUCCAGAUGAAACAUUUGACCCCGCUACCGGAGUUGUGAACAGAAUCGAUACCUGGAAAGAUAUGAGCAGAUGGAAGAGAGGUCUUGUUCCAAGAUGGUGGUUGAAGGUCUUCUGUUUCUUGUUCUUUUUGGCAAGCGCUGCUACUGCCGUUUUGGGCAUGUAUACCAGUAUUAAAAGUAUCAUUGCCAAUUUCGCAUUGGGUCAUGCAACCAGUUUUGGAUGUGUAAGUCCGGUUGGAUAUGCUUAGAUGAUUGGGAACUGGGGAUUGGGGAAUCAAAGGUAUAUUGAAUGAUGAUAAUGAUGGGGUAAUGACGGAGAAUGAAGAUAUGAAUAAUCUACUCCGGUGGAGAUAUCGAAUGAAAUAAAUGUAUAUACUACACUCACUCAGCAAGAAUGCAUUGUAAUGUGAAAGGAUCUGUGCCA